AUGAGCCCGUAUCUGUUGCUCGCAGCCAUCUCACCGCUACUAAAGGUGCUCGAGGCCUUAAGCGACGCUGGCUUUCCGCUAGUGAAGGCCAGCCCGAUGACCUGUACCUCGUAUACAGAUGACUUGAAGUUGGACAGCCCUCCGCCCUUCUUUGUCAACCGUCAACAACACAUGAUCCUACGACUACAGGGUAAUGAAAUACUAGUGGUCAUUCCUACUGGGAUGGACUACGGCGCGCGAGCGCUUUUUACAGGUCACCGAGGCAAAGACUACUCGGAUAGAAGUAUCACAGCAACUGGGCUGUACGGCGUAACGGCCAUCGAGCUUGGCGUGGCUUGUUCUUUCUUCGCGCUGUGCAAGAUCUUCUGCCCUAUCCAGGCCAACCUAAUCUCUUGGCACUACCAGUCGAGUACCCUACAAACUAUGCCUGUGGGGGAUCGACGGCAGACGUAA